AUGAGUUUUAGUUUUACUGUAUGUAAAUAGAAACAUGGAUUCUAAUAGUAUGGUUUUACGCAGUUCUUCAUAUAAUAAGGAAAAAGAGCAUGCUGAAUCGGUUAAAUUGUUGUUCAAGUUCUUCAGCAACAACCUUCUUUUGUGUCAGUGGGAAUCAGCCCGCGCUUGUGUUGAGCAACUACAAAAAGAAGGUUCCAUCAUUGGUCUUGAUAUCUAUAAUAUUUUGGAAAAUGUGGCUACAUAUCCAUUUUGUCAAAGUGUGGGAUCAUCAACAGUUGCCUCCCCUGCUCAUCUGUCAUGGUUAUGUCUGUUGGAAUGUGAUCGAUUGCAAAAUGAAAAUAUUUCUGAGGACAGACAUGCUGCCUUUGCUGAAGUAGAUUUUCGACUCUUACUUUAUGAAGCUUGUGGCAAAACUGAUGCUGCUGUUAUAAAGGAACUGUUUCAAAACUUCGUUCAGAAACAUUCUUCUGGGGUGCACCACAAGUCAUCGGAACAGUCACUAUCAAAGGUAGCUCUGGCAGUCCUAAAGCAGACCCUUGAUACCAAUGCUACCCUCGGCCAUUCUCUGAUCACCUCUCUUAUGCAACUUGACUCUGAGUCAAAAGACAAUGAAAACCUACAGUCCCUGUACCUUCAGUGCCUUGCUGCCAUCUUGGACAACUUCCCAAAGGCAGCUACAGAUGCGACAAAGUCAAACCAGUUCUGUAAUAAAGUGUACCUGCUGUUAGGAAUGUAUGAUCCUGUGCCAUACUGGAACUACAUUCAGCUCAGACAGUUGUUCUCACGUCUGCUGGAUCUGUUACGGUCAGGCAGAACUGAUCUCGGCAAGGACAAGAUUCUGUCUGUUCUUGUCGGCCGGAGGAACAGUUAUUUGAUUGAUGAGUUCACCAAACUGGAGCUUGAGCUGACAGGAAGUAAAGUGGAAGCAAACAAAGACAGGACUGGUCAGGGUGAUGCUGGUGGGUUGACAAAUGACCAACAGUUUCUGCUAGUGCUGUGUCAGAAUCUGGAUCGUGAUGUCUUCUGGAGGAAGAUGCUUCAGAUGUCUGUAAGGCUGAAGAAGCACAUUCUCGAGAUGGUAUUGGACACAAGUCUUUGUCUCAUUCGUCAUGAGAGGUUUGAAGAGCUCCAUGAACUACUGCUUCCUGUAGAGUUACAUCCCUUGAAAGCUGUCAUUCUGCUUCUUGGUUGGUCACACUGCAAGACGUCCACUGUUGCCAGGAAACUGCUUGAUGUUUUAUGGGAUAAAAAGGCAGUCUCUCACCAUCCAGCACUGACGGCUGGUUGUCGAAAGUUAGCAUACCAGAUUGAUUUGAUUCAGUGGUGCCUCGACAAAGCAAGACCUCUGUUAGAGUCAAAAGCUUCAUCUCCUGUGAAUGAACAAGCCACACAUUUACUUCAUGGACUGGAAACCCAUUCUGUGUUGUUUGUCCUGCACCAGUCUACCUCUCUGGCUUCACUGGAACCACGUGAGGUUCUCGAUUUGCUGCAGAAUUCAAUCACCAAACAGACAGAUGGUGGUGAGAAAAAACCCAAAAAUGUCAGAUUUAUUAUUGAUGGUAGAGAACAGGAAGUAGGUGGAGCCACAAAACCUUGUGAUCAACAUCAGCAAAUCAGCAUCGAACAGGAGAGAGACACUGCAAUAUAUCGAGGCUACUGCUGCAUCAAGAACAUCAUGGACAUCUUGAAGUUCUGUUUCGAAUACUCCAACCUGAGACUCAUGAAUCCAUUCUGUGGCAGACAUCUGCCACGCACUCACCGUCUUUCAAAACUCUUCAACUCAGAGAUGUCAAUGAGCAGCAGUGAAGGAGAAGAAAGUGGAAGUCAGGGUGUGACCAACUUGCUCUUGCAGGACAAUAUUGGCAGUAUCGGCGAUGAGAGCUGUUUUCAGAAACUCUAUGAGGAGCAUGUGACUGCAAGGUUGAAAGACACCAAGGAGCACCUCAAGAAGCUACAUCCUCUGACGUACAGGGUCGAGGUGAUGGAAAACCUAUUCUCUCUGUUGUUCGUGAUGUACGAAGACAUGCAGGAUAGUUCCGUCAUCACCGAACUCGACAGCGGGGAAGAAGGAGCUCAAACGGAGAGCAAGAGAAGUAGCCAGGAUGUAAUUUCAGAAGAGGAAGUUUCGCCACUCAUCUGUGAUGAUAAUUUCUUUACGUCCAGUUCUCAGGGUGACGACCAGAAUGUUUCAGUGGGUGCUAAUUAUGAUGAACCAUUUGUCGAAAAACCUGUCGUAUCUCAGCCUGUGAUAAAACCUGUCAGCAUGUCGCAAGAUCAAGUGUUUUUCCAUGAUGAUAUACAUGGACAGAAUAAUCAAAAUAACAAUUUAUUAAGACUACCGAGGUCUAGAAAAAUUUCAAGCGGUGUCACUGGAGAGAAAGGCUUGAUUUCCAAAUUUGGUUUUCUUGCCAAUGAGUAUGUUGUUAGAGAUAUUCUGGCCAUGUUGAAAGAUUCCCUGGUGGAUUUGGGUGCUGUGCGAUACCAGUUAAUGGGAGGACAGAAAAGUGAGGUGGUGCAGAAACCAAGCGAGGCAGACGCAGAUGCAGCGGUGGAGCAGUCACUGAUGCAGCUGGUUAAAUCGAGCAUAUCCCAAGAUGCUUUGCAAACACGACUGACAAGACUUACUCAGUACAUUCAUGAAGCACAGUGGAGGUUUCAGUUGGUGUCACACGAACAGUUGCCAAGACAAUCAGGCAUUGUUCUUCAGAAACCUAUUUUUGUGUCCAACGAUGACAUCUCAAAUUCUAGCUUGUUAGACAGUUACCACAGCAACAAAAUGAAGGGGAGUGUCAGUGAUAAAUGCUCAGUGUCACAGAGUGGCAAAAGAUCAUCAGAUGCUGAGAAACACAGCCCAUCACCGGAUGACAAUACCAGGCCACGGCGAUCUUCACAGAUAAGGAGUCGCUCCGAGUCACGAUGUCUUUCACCGUUUGUUCACGACAUGGGCAUCAUCCCAUUAAUGCUGUCUUCCCCAGACACACUGCUUGUGAUGAGUCUUACCAAGGGAGGCUAUGCUCAAGCCAGUCAAGUCAUUAAACUCUUUAAACUUCAAAGUCAGGUUGAAGCACUGGAAGUUGGAUUUUCAGAAGCUUUCAAGAAGGCAGCUUUAAAACUCCAUAACCUGGAGAGUCGUGGGUUUGAGCUGCCUCACAAACAAGCCUUGCCAGGACAGCUGAGCAUCAAAUCUCUGGGCAGUGUGGCUGCUGUCGGGGUGGCGUCAGCCUCUCUUGUAAAUAUCACUGAUGAUCUGCUCUCACUGCCGGACAUUCCUCAACCAGCUGUGCCUAAAGGUCUGGCGUCUGCUCCAGACCAUGUCAGACGUCUCUUCAAGGAUGCUGACAGCACCGAAGCCAUUCUGCUGGAUCUAGUCUGUACGUCGUGUCAGACAUGGGACCUGUGCAGCAAACUGUUUGACGUCAUGAAGACCAAAUCAGACUUGUCUUCCAGUGGUGGAACAGGCAGUGGUCAUGGCCGUGAGAGCGUUGCAUCCAGUCACCAAGACAAGAGGUCGAAGUCUGAGGUGAAACUGAAAGGUUUUAAGGAAUUUAAGCAGCAGAUAAAGAAUUUGAUUUAUUCUGAUCAGGAAGAGGAUGGUGGAUUCAAGGCAUCAAAUUCCGAGACCAGAACACUGUGUUCAGUUCCAAAACACAGUCUGGAGUAUCACCUCACCAAAGCCACAUGCCCACUGUCCUCCCAUGAAAAUCUAUCAUUCUACCAUGCAUGGAAGGACAUGAAGGAGUGUCUGGAGAAAGUCCAGCUGGCGUUAAUGAGUGUUGAUCAACUAGAAAAGGUUGACAGUCGGAGUCUUCUGUCGGUGUCACCAGCUUCACCACCGAGAACCUCUCCACUGCCGUCCCCAAAGUCCCCGACUCAGAACCAGAGACUGUCUAUGAUGACCCAGAAGAAAGGUCCGCUUGUACUGACAACCGCAGUCAAACACCUCAUCAGUACAAUGGAGACACAGGUUCCUCUUGGUGGAAUUGUAUACCUGCUGAAAAAGCAGACCUCAGAUAAACAUAAUGACAAGAAUUACCUGCAGAGUCUGUAUGAUCAUGUUAAAUUGCUGGCGUUCCUGGUGGCAGAAUGUGAAUGCAGAAGUAAAGACACAUUUGUUGUUCCUCAAAACUACUUCAAGAUGUUACAAGAGGGACCAGUUGCCAUUCUAGGUCGCUUAAUGUUUGUCAAGAAAAUUAUCCCGGCCCGGUUGGAGGCUGUAGCUCAGAAUCUGAGUUUAAACUUGACACACAUCAUCGUCCACAGCUGCUGUCCUCGCAUCCCAAGCAAACAUCUUCCAUCUAUUAGACCACAGAAUGAGAAUGAACAUUUUGGAACCAAAGUUGUGUAUAACUCGGGACCAUGUACUACAGUAACAGGAAGUAAUCUGGAAGUUCUUGUUCAAACGAUUCUCACUCGAUUGUUGAGCUUUAUGAAAGACAUUGCAGCAAAAUCCAAUGCCAAAGGAAUUUUUGAUAUCACAUGCGCCACAAUGGCCACUGAAUUACCUGAAUAUGCUGAAAUCAUCUCCUUGACAAAAGAGCUCCAAACUGCAGAUUUGACGUUACUGCAUUCAAGGGAGGCCACUUUGUGCUUUCUGGCCAACCUUCAGAACCUUAUGACCAUACAUCAACACCUUCACCUUGUCUGGUUGAAACAACAAUCCCAGGUUUUAACAGAGUCUGAUGGGAGCAGAAGGAUGAUAGCCAGAGAUGUUCAGGAAUUGUGUCCUGUCUCGGCAAUUGACAACAUCGUACAGCUCCAACAAUUUGCUUACAGAGUUGGACAGUUGGGUGUUGUCAGUUUGUUUGAUUUGAAAUUUAUUAUAAAUCACCAUGAUUUGCUGCCACCAACUCGUUGGAAAAACAUUCUUCACCAGUCUGUCUCAUUUGUGGAUUUGAAUGACUCUUGGAGCAAGUUUUCCUCGUAUUUUGAACCAAAGCUGUUGUUUGUCCUUGCUGAUGGAUCUCUGUCAUCUCCUGCCCUACAGGUUCUAACACCAGAAUUACUGAAUGUUCAGCUGGGGAAAGCAACAAAAGAUUUCCUACAGCAUACAGUUGGAGUCAGCCUGGAAGCUAAAAGAGUGAUGAUUCCAGCAGUUCUUCACUGGUACCGGGAAGACUUCGGUCGUGAGACAGAGAACAAGAUUCAGAUCAAACUCGAGGGUCUGCUCACCUUUGUGGCCGAACAGCUCCAGGCAGACAAGGCCACUGACCUCUAUCAGCUGCUGGACUUUGACGAGGCACCAGAAAACCUAGAUAUGUCAGGUGCGAGAGAGCUGCCAUUUACAGUAAAAAUCGACCCUCACUCCUCCGAGUUUGGCUUCGUGUUUGAAACGAGUAUGAUAUCCACUGGAGUACAGACUCACAGACGGAUAUCUUCACUCCCGAAAAACUUUGAAUGUUCCACUGACAGUUUUCUCCAGAGCAGCGAAUCGGGAUUUGUGGUGGAGAAAUCGGCAUACCAGCUGACCCCUGUGACCUUGGACUACGUGAAGAACGACUCUUCCCUGGUGGCGACGCUCGUCAGUCUGGUGUGUGCCGACGAACUUGAUGAUAUCGACCAGCAUCUCGAAGACGACCACUUCCUGGCGGAGAGCGCUAAGAGUCGCAGUACCAGCAUCUCCGACAUCAGCCUGGUGGACAUUCGCAGUUACAGGUAUCAGAGACUAACCGAAGACUUUCCAAUUCUGCAACGCCAUCUGUUGAACUACAUAGUUCCUCUUGCCGCAGUUGACAAACCCGAGCUGUUGGUUGGGGAUGAACCAAUCCUUAAGUUUGUUACCAACGAGAUUGACGACACGGUCAAAGUGUGCAUGCUCAGCCUGCACGACAGCAUUCAGUUCCAGGACGUGAUGGCUAACACAAUCAAACGCGCCUGCACCCAGAACAACUGGGCGGCCGUUCUCAAAUUAUUCCACUGCAUUCCCGAGAUGACAAUGAAUGACAAAAACGACUGGCAGAUCAUUCAUGAUUUUGUCUUGGGUUGCUGGGCAACCAGAGAAGCCAAGCUGAACCCAGACAGCGCCGAACUGCCGGAUAUGUUGAAGAAAUUCUACUGUCAUGAUACGCAAGCGAGAACUGUGUUAGCCAUCUGUGAUCUUAUUCCAGAGGAUCAUGGUAUAGACAUGAUAGAGGCUUGCCUGAUACAUUCUCUCAGUGGAAACCUCACAGAAACCUUGGAGUUAAAACUAAACUAUCUAAGGAUAUAUUCUCAGAUCACAGACAGUGUGAAAACCUUGCAGUUCAAGCUCUCCACCAACAUGUCUGAGUUUAUGAACACCGAAGACAUGAACUCUAUGAAGAUGCUUACCUCCAUUCUGGAGCGAUUCACCGACUGGAGGAUCAUUGUUAGGGUCACAAGGUCAUCGCCAAAGGAAGUUCUCGAAGUCUUGAUCAAAACAGGGGACUUUGAAAUUGCCAAAACAUGGGCCAAUCUGCACUCGUUGCCUGAAGAAAUAGAGUUGGAGAUAGAUGAACAAUACAUCUUGACAUUACUAGAGUCCAAGACACCUGACACUACGAGGGCAUUUGAGGUCUUGGAAAACUUAAAGAGGCACAGCUCUACCUUGUGUCUGUCUAUGUGUGAAAGUCUGCUUGGGAAACUGACAGACUUUAAGGACAUUCAGUUUAUAGCCAGCUACAUACUCAACACGUUUAAAACUGACUUGAGUGACGAAGUGACAGAGGCACACAGACUUCGACUGAUUGGAGCAAAAGCUCUACUGUGUCUUCCACGUGCAAUCAGGGGAGAAUACUCUUAUCUCAUCACCUGUCCACAUCUGAUCCUUGAACAGCUCUUGAUGAACAUGAAAGUUGAUUUAGCAGGCCAGGUAUUCCACAAGAUUAAUCACGACUUUUCUCAGAACCAGACCCCAUCACUAACGUACACAACUGAACAGUUUAAUGAACUUCUCAUUGAAUACGCCACCAAGGCUGUGGAAGUCACCGUAGUGCAGGUUAUUGAAACUGAGAAAGAAAGAAGUCAGAGUUCCUGUUCAGUGAGUUCCUUAAAGAUGGAUGACGGAGAGUUCACCGCUUCAACGACUCGUUUCAUUGGGGAAUCCGUGCGAGUCAGAAGAAAGGCCAUGGAUGGAACAGUAUCUCCGAAAAUGAUCCCGGGAUCUCCACUGGGCAGCAGUCCAGGGUUGAACAAGAAGGUGAUAUCUCCACCCACAAGACUUGGAGCAUCAGGUUACAGCAAAUUUGUGAUGCCAGCCCAGCCUCCCCCCAAGGAGAAGUGGGUACCUGACUCGGCCACAGCUGUCUGCAUGGUGUGCAGUGUAGAGAGGUUUAGCAUGUUUAAUCGGCGCCAUCACUGUCGACGAUGUGGUCGUGUUGUGUGUGCAGCGUGUUCCACUAAGAGAACUACGAUUGGAGGAGAGUCGUCCAGAACGUGUGAUGACUGCUACGCCCAGAUCUAUAUACCUACUGACCUGAAAUCCAGAGAACGGGAGUUUUACAGUCAGCGAAGAAAAGAAAGUCUAACUGGUGCCAGUCCGGGUAAUCUUGGUCACUCUCCGGCCAGAGUGGGCUCCCCUGGUGAACCGUUUGACCACCAGGGUAUGGACUUGCCGCAUGAUGACAGCAUGUGGCAACUAAAACCUGAUAUCAAUCACAACACGGUACUGAGAGAAGAGUUCUAUUAUGAGCAGGCUCCCAGUGUGUCGCUGUGCAUGUCAAUCUUACAUCUCCAUAGCGACCAGCAGCAGUGUGGACAGCAGAUGCUGAAGAUGUGUGACUAUCUGUCCGAAUUUCUACAACCCGUGUCUCCGGGAGUGCCAAACCCUGAAGUGGACUACGCACUUAUUAUCAGCAUGAUGCUGCAGCUGCUGUUUCAAGCAAAGUUGAAGUUUCUCAAGUGUGGAGAUAACCAGGGUCUCGGGAUGUGCGACAUGUACCAGAUCCGCGUCGACCUGCUCAAGAUUCUCGUCUCUGCCAAUUACAGAGAUCUGCCAUCCAUACAACAGCUGACUAAAGUUGACACAGUCAGACGUUUAAGAGACAAGUUGAUUGAGAAUGAGCGGCUAUCGCUGGCUAUGGACGUAUCGACGAAGUGUGGAUUAGACCCAGCUGGUGUAUGGGCCUCCUGGGGAAUGGCCUGCUUCCACUGCGGGGACUACAGCGGGGCCAGGGAGAAGUUCAAUCACUGUCUCAGGGUUCCUAAAGAUCGCAACCAGUCGUCCACAUCUUCCCACCUGUUGUCAGAAAUUGUGGAUUAUCUUGAACACAUGCCGAGUUCAGGAAUGACAGAGAUACAGAUGUUUCAGUCAAAUCAAGGAUCUUUGAAAAAUAUCAUGAACUUCCCAACAGCUAAGACCUUUGAAGAGAUCAGUAUUGACACGACACCAUUCCAGGAAUGUCUCUUUUAUCUGCGGUCAUACGGCACCUUCAGAGAACAUCUCAGCUUUCUCCGGCGCAAUGGAUACUGGAUGAAAGCUGCCAAGUACAUCUUAGAUCACAAAUGCUUGACGGAAGUAUUUAUCGAAAGCCUUCUUGAGCCUGCGUUAUUGUCGGGUGAGCUGAGUAAACUGUUGGAUCAGAUGCUGAUGCUAGACACGUCGCUAGAAAAGUGGAACAGUUACCUGACGGCAGCGUGUCGACAUCUCGUCAAACAACGCCUCUUUAACUCCCUCUACCAGGUCCAACUCUUUAUGAAGGAUUUUAUCCGUGCUGCGAUGACGUGCAUCUCCCACUUCUACCAGCACCGCGCCCAGAGCUACCGAGACCUUGCUGGACGGAUUCACUUCCUGUUCACGGCUCAGCAACACAUGCAGUCGUACCUAGACCCGUCCAAGUGGGGGAGUGUGCGACACCCCACCAGCAGCCCCGUGGUGAAGAAGGGACCUGACUGGAGUAACACGUCCACGGUGGAGUCUGCUGUCAGGAUGGUGCUGUCUCCAGACGAAGUCGCUAAGUACAUGCAUUCCAUAGCUUUACAAAUUGAAGUCACCAAUUUUUUGGAUCAGUGCCUUGCAAACAUGGAAGGGGAGGCAACUGCACUUGCAGCUAGCUGUACAGCCGAAUCGCAGAUGUCAGAUUUGCCGUCUUUGUUCGGCAACACGAAAAUCAAAUCAGAUUUAGUCUGUAUGAUUCUUCUCAGUGGGAAUGACAUCACUGUCAGCUUUGAUUUGUCCUACAGGAUUAUAAAGGAGUGUCGCCUGAGUGUGGCGUCGAUCUUCAACCACACUGCACGUGAGAUGGCAAAACAUCAGCGCUAUGAACUCAUCAAACAACUGUUGAACUGUGUUUCCAAGACGAGUGUUGGAACCGAGGACAUGAACGAUGAGAUCAUUGGAUCCUCCUUGUUAGCCAUUGUCGACAAAGACAGCGAGGUUAAAGAAGCAGAACAUCUUAUAAAGCUAUUGAAGAAGGAUUCAAACAAGAUCAAUGCCUUCAUUCUUUGUGGCAAACUGCGAUCAGCGUAUCUGCUGGCAGUGAAAGGCGAGAGAGUGGAAGAUGUCCAGCGAAUUGCUGGUGCAGCACAGAGGACGGGGCAGUCGGCAGUUCGCAACAUUUGUACCAAGUGGUUACAACAGAGGAAACAGUAAUUGUGUUGUGUAUCAAGCAACUGUUCAAAGAUGAAAGUCCUCCAUAUCUUCACUGUAUUCUUUAUUUUAGCACAAUCCAAAAACUGUUUGUGUCCAUGUUCUAUGAAACAAAAAAAGGUUCAUGGCAACCCCUAAUUUUCAUAGUAAUCAUCUACUUUUCAAGACCUUAUAAAGAUCCCCAGAUUUUUGGUCCAGUGAAAUAAGAGUUCAUUUCAUUGACAGCAGAGCUGGUUUAAGGAUCCAGAUUUUUGUCUUUGCCCAAUAUAUGCUGCAGCUCGCAAUACCCAUUUACUGAACUAUUAUAAUCUCAAGUGUCAUACUUUGCUAUUUGGAGAUUCAAAUUUAAGUGUCCAAGAUAAUAUCUCUAUAUUUAAAUCUGUUGAGAAUUUUCUUAUUAAUAGUAAGCGUUUCGAGAUCAAUUAACCAUUUAACCAUUCUAACUGUUUGCUAUUUAUUCUUUGUUUUUUCUACACAUUCCUCUCUUCUAUUCCCCCAACUAUCCGUGUUAUCUUUAUUGUAAUAGUGUUCUAGCCAUCUUGAUGUAUCACAUGUAUAUUUGUUAAAUGUAGGGAGAGGUCUUAAUAUAGGCACUUGCCUGUUGGCC